ACAUAUGGUUGCAAGGUGACCUAGGCUGGGAGCUGAAUAUUCCAGGACAAUUGACAUUUUGCAGUUAGACAGGACAAGGCGGUGGGGAUCUCUGUUAGUAGAGGAUGAGGUGACAAACAGCAUGUUUGGUGCUGCAAGAAAGAAGUUUGUAGAGGGCGUGGAGAGUGAUUACCAUGAUGAAAGUCUGUAUUACAGCCAGUCAUCAAUGUUCCCUCAUCGAACAGAAAAAGAUAUGCUGGCAUCUCCUUCACCAUCAACAUCAGGGCAGCUAUCUCAGUUUGGUGCAAGUUUAUAUGGGCAAAGUGCAUUAGGCCUCCCGAUGAGGGGAAUGGGCAACAAUAAUCCUCAGUUAAAUCGCAGCUUAUCACAAGGUACUCAGUUACCAAAUCAUGUAACGCCAACAACAGGAGUGCCCACAAUGUCACUUCAUACUCCAUCUUCACCAAGCAGGAACAUUUUGCCUAUGAAUCCCAGGAACAUGAUGAACCAUUCCCAAGUUGGGCAAGGGAUUGGGAUUCCAGGGAGGACGAAUAGCAUGAGCAGCUCUGGUUUAGGCAGUCCAAACAGAAGCUCACCUAGCAUAAUAUGUAUGCCAAAGCAGCAGCCAUCCCGGCAGCCUUUUACAGUGAGCGGUAUGUCUGGAUUUGGGAUGAACAGGAAUCAGGCUUUUGGAAUUAACAAUUCACUUUCAAGUAACAUUUUCAAUGGGACAGAUGGAAGUGAAAAUGUUACGGGGUUAGACCUUUCUGAAUUUCCAGUACUAGCAGACAGAUCCAGAAGGGAAGGAAGUGGCAAUCCAACUCCACUAAUAAAUCCAUUGGCGGGGAGGACUCCAUAUGACACUGGGUUCCUUUCGAAAAUGGGCAUGCUGGGAGCUGUCCGUGUGUCCCGUCUUCAGAAAUCAGUUGGGAUGGUGACAAAACCAGCAAAUGAACAGUCCCAGGACUUCUCAAUCCAUAAUGAAGACUUUCCCGCACUUCCUGGUUCAAACUACAAGGAUCCAACCUCAAGUAAUGAUGAUAGUAAAUCUCAAAAACGAGGAGCUGAUUAUUUACUCCAGGAGAAGGAAACCAGAGAUCAUGAGCAAGUCCACAUUGGAGGAUCAGAUGUGGAGAAGAAUUUGAAUACACCAGGAAAAAAUGUAUCCAGUACAGACGGACCCAAGUUCCCUGGUGACAAGAGCUCAACGACGCAAAACAACAACCUUCAGAAAAAAGGGAUCCAGGUGCUAUCUGAUGGGCGAGUCACUAAUAUUCCGACAGGAAUGGUAACAGAUCAAUUUGGAAUGAUUGGGCUGUUAACAUUCAUUCGGGCAGCAGAGACAGAUCCUGGAAUGGUACAUCUCGCAUUAGGCAGUGACCUAACAACACUAGGCCUCAAUCUAAACUCUCCAGAAAAUCUUUAUCCAAAAUUUGCAUCUCCCUGGGCGUCAGCACCCUGUCGACCUCAAGAUAUUGAUUUUCAUGUUCCAUCGGAGUAUCUAACAAACAUACACAUUAGGGACAAGCUUGCUACAAUAAAGCUUGCUCGUUAUGGAGAAGACCUCCUUUUCUAUCUGUACUACAUGAACGGCGGGGAUGUCUUACAGUUGCUUGCAGCAGUAGAGUUAUUUAACCGAGACUGGAGGUACCACAAAGAAGAGCGAGUCUGGAUCACCAGGGCCCCAGGAAUGGAGCCAACAGUAAAGACCAACACCUAUGAAAGGGGGACAUACUAUUUCUUUGACUGUCUUAACUGGAGAAAGGUUGCUAAAGAAUUCCACCUGGAGUAUGAUAAACUAGAGGAACGACCUCAUCUGCCAUCAUCUUUGAACUACAACCCUGCUCAGCAAGCCUUCUAAAGACUUAACUGUUCAUGGGGUAUGGCUGUCUCAGCACAAUACUCAAAUGCAGAAACCGAAGUGGCUCAGGCAUCCUGGUUUUUAUUCUUUGAGGAUCUGGCAAUUGGCUCAUGUGGAUGGAUCGACAUUUUGAAGUCCUGCCUUAGUAAUUAUGUGCUGCCCAACACAACUGAAUUUGUAUUUUUUUUUUCUGUUUUUUUUUAAUUAUUUUGAGCAGGGUAUGUUUAAAAAAAAGAACAACACAAUAAUUUUUCAGCCUAUCAGCAGAUUAUUCUGCUAAAAGGCAAGUGGACCGACAAUACUUUCAUUGCUAAAUUUCCAAAGUGUAAAAAUUUAAGAAGUUUGCAUUGUUCAUUGUAGCAUAACUGGUAAUAAAAAAAUGUGUAGUGCAUUUUUAUGUGAAGAUCCUCUUGUAUUUCAUUUGGAAAGAUAAGCAGCCUGCGUUUGAUUUGUUCGUUUUACUUUCCCCUAAUGUUUUUGAAUGGCAUUUCUGUCAAGUUAAAUGCAAGAACAUUUGACUGUCUAAGUGAACGUUAUUGCCACGACCUCUGGACAUUUUCCACGGUUGUGUAUCACUGGGCUUCAUCUUUCCAGAAUGAGCAAAACACUGUCCAGUCUUUGUUACAAUUUUGUAAUAAAAGUGUACAUUUUUUUAAUUUUUGGACAUCACAUGAAUAAAGAUAUGUAUGUACGAAUGUGUAUAUAUUAUAUAUAUGACAUCUAUUUUGGAAAAUACUUGCCCUGCUGUACCUCAUUUUCGGAGGUGUGCAUGGAUGCAAUACAUGAAAACAGGACAUUUCGGGAACUGCUGAGCAGGGGACCGCAGUGUCGCCCUGUGCACUUAAGGGCCAGAUUUUCAGCAGCCAAGGACAUCCAUACCCAAUUGAACAUGAUGGGACUUCAGGAAGUGAACUGAGACAAUUCACAAUGGCUGGUUGAACAGCAGCAUUUCAUAGGAAAAAAAAUAAUUAAAAAAAUCAAUCUUGUAUUUUCUGACCACAUUAAAGCUUCUUCUCUUUGUAAUAAAGUAGAAAAGCUGUCCUAA